AUGGUUGUAUCUAUCGUGAAAGAGAUUAAUAAAGAUGAGUUUGAUUUCGAAUUUGUGGGAGACCAAGCCGCUAAAAUCCAGAUAUUGGCAAACCCUGACUCUAGUACGUUACAAUUUCUUUUUGAUAUCUCUUCAGUGAACAAUACUGUACCGAUACAAAAUCAAAAACUGGAUGCAUUGUUAUCGCUUUUAAAUAUAAAUGAUACUGCUAAAGACGAGUUAGGUACGGUCUACUUAAAUACUAUCGAAAAAUUGUAUCGCACUAUUGAUUUACAAAAUUCAAUGAAAAUCAAUAGUCCAAUGACAAACUAUAAGCUAGUUAAGCUGUUAAAUCUGUGCACUGACAAUUGUUCAAUUUCGAAAUAUCCCCAUUCAAUUCAGAUGAGAAGACACUUAGUUAGGCUUUCAAAGGCUUUUUUCUAUAGCGAUAAAAAUAAAAUGGAUAGCAAUGAUGUGUUGACAUUAAUUGAGUUAACCAAGUUUUUUUUACUAUCUUCUGAUAGCGAUCCUACUUUUUUGAAGAAGAACGUUAUCUCAUCUUUAGAGCUAAUAUUAAUUUAUCUAGCGGAUAAAUAUAGCCGCAAGAUUAAUUUCAAAUAUAUAGUUCGUAUUAAAAAUAAAAUGAGGACAGAAAACAGUGAAACUGAAGAACUCGCCCUUGAUUAUAGUCCAAUUGCCAAUAAAGGGCUAGAAGCCAUAUCAUCAAUACCAAAUGCCAUAUCAUUGGACGACAUACUAGAUCAGCGUAUGUUGUCGAAUGCUCUUGCCCUAUAUUCUCGAGACAACAUUCACAACCACAAGCGCUUGAAAAAAUCGAUUUUAUGGGGUAAUCCCUAUUUUGAAAUAUUCAUUUUGAGUCUUUUGAGAAGUUCUGAUAUCAAUUUGAAAUGUUCAGCGAUUAGUUUCCUAAAAUUUUCAAUUUUAGACAAGAGAAGAAACUCCUAUAAAGAUAAGCAAUUGCUUAGUCAAUUACUGCCUCAGGUCAUCGAUUCAUUCAAUUUUACAAAUUUACCUUGGUGGUAUGAUCCGUUCGAAGUUCUUAUAGACCUCUUGAAUUUUUACAAUACAAUAAAUCCGAUGGGAAAUCCUGUAUUAGAAUUCAUAAAGGAUACUAAUUUUACAGGAGGACUAGUUUUGAUUUUUUUCCAAUGUUUGGUUUUAAAAACUUAUACAAAAGAUAUUGUCGUCACCAUGACUAAAUUUAUAAAACUUUUUGCCGCUAUUGCUUCAUUUGAUGAAAAUUAUAGAAUUCAAUUGUUGGACAACUCUGAUGUCAUCCGUCAUCUAGAAUUUGCUAUGGAUAACCACGUUAAUUUAUUAAAUGAUUUCAUUUCAAAACGUAAAUUGCUAAUGGAAAUCGGUGAGGAUUUGCCACAAAUGUAUGAUGCCGAAUUGAUAAUUGCAUGGUUAUCUUUGUUAAAGUCCUUUUCAAGAAGUAUCACUGCAUUAAGAACUUCCUUAACCAGAAAUAAGUUAACGGAACUGUCAUUGAAUUUGGUAAAUACUACCUAUCAAAUAACCCAUAAGUGUUACUUUGCGGGAAAACAGUUCUCAACGAAUGAAAUGGAGGUAUUGAGUACAACACUAGGCAUCAUAUGUAAUUUUGUCGUGGAAUUUUCAAGUUUGCAGUCCUUGACCAUCGAACUCGGUAUAAUUGACAGGGUAGAGGAGAUAUUAACUGAUCCAUUAUUCAAUCCCAACAUACCCUGGAAUAAACAAUCGGUUAAAAGACGAGACGCUUUCAGGGGAAUUAAUGUAGAUAAAGUUAAAACUAAUGCAUUAUGGGUGCUUAGACACUUGAUGUAUAACUGUCAAAAUUCGGAAAAGCUAGAAAUGCUGUCAAAAAUUCCAAUAGAUAUUAUCUUAGAUUUCAUUAAUGACCCCUCAUGGCCCGUUCAAGAACAAUGUUUUCAACUAAUUAGAAAUUUGACUUGCAAUUCACGUAAAAUUGUUAAUAUUUUAUUAGAAAAAUUCAAACACAUAGAAUAUGUUGAGGACCCUAAUAAUGAUAUAUCUUCUCCAAUUGGCUCCACAUAUCUUUUUGAAUUCCUGGCCAAAAAAAUGAAGUUAUUAAACACAGCUGACCCUAGUCAAAGGAAAACUUUAGAGGCCAUAUUAUAUAUAAUUGUUAACUUAGCUGCCGUAAAUGAAAAUAAAAAAAGGUUAGUUAUUGAACAAGACGAAAUAUUGGAGAUAAUAUAUGAAAUAUUAUCAGAAUCUGAUCCGAAAAAUGCGCAAUACGGAAAUGACAGUAAUUUAAAAUUGGCAUGCCUCUGGGUAUUGAAUAAUCUAUUAUGGAAUUCCAAUAUUUCGCAAUACUUACAGUACGCUUCCGAUGAAUUUAAUGGCGAUGAUUCUGUCAGCGGUAGCGUACGCAGUAUUUCAAUAAAUAGAGAGUCGUCCAAGGAGCCUAAUUUGAGUUAUUCUGCAGACAAGGAUGAUUAUCCAACUGGCGAAAGCUCUGCGACUGGCGGUCAAGGCAAUUCAUCGAGUGACGAGGAUGAGGAGUUUAUACAUCAAAAUGAAUUCAAUGAUGAAGAUACUGUCCACUCCAACCCUGCAACUAUUGAAAGAUGUAAAAAAUUAAUUGACAUUGGAAUGUAUGAUCUAGUUAAGGUCAAUAUUUUUGAUGAAGCGCUAAAUGUGCGAGAGAAGGCAAGAACCCUACUUUAUCACAUGGAUUUAUUGAGAAAAGAGAUGGAUAAAUAA